AUGCCUGAACCAGUACUAGGGAACAUUGACAUUAUUGCGUGUACCGGUACCAGGGGUGCGUUGACAGUAUUGCCUGAACCAGUACUAGGGAACAUUGACAUUAUUGCGUGUACCAGUACCAGGGGUGCGUUGACAGUAUUGCCUGAACCAGUACUAGGGAACAUUGACAUUAUUGCGUGUACCGGUACCAGGGGUGCGUUGACAGUAUUGCCUGAACCAGUACUAGGGAACAUUGACAUUAUUGCGUGUACCGGUACCAGGGGUGCGUUGACAGUAUUGCCUGAAACGGUACUAGGGAACAUUGACAUUAUUGCAUGUACAGGUACCAGGGGUGCGUUGACAGUAUUGUCUGAACCAGUACUAGGGAACAUUGACAUUAUUGCGUGUACCAGUACCAGGGGUGCGUUGACAGUAUUGCCUGAACCAGUAAUAGGAAACAUUAACAGUAUUGCGUGUACCGGUACCAGGGAUGCGUUGACAGUAUUGCCUGAACCAGUACUAGGGAACAUUGACAUUAUUGCGUGUACAGGUACCAGGGGUGCGUUGACAGUAUUGCCUGAACCAGUAAUAGGGAACAUAAACAGUAUUGCGUGUACCGGUACCAGGGAUGCGUUGACAGUAUUGCCUGAACCAGUACUAGGGAACAUUGACAUUAUUGCGUGUACCGGUACCAGGGAUGCGUUGACAGUAUUGCCUGAACCAGUACUAGGGAACAUUGACAGUAUUGCGUGUACAGGUACCAGGGUGCGUUGA